GCUAAAGAGGCGUCGAGGAGGCAGUGUGGUUUGUGUCGAGGAGGCGGUGGGGCAGUGGGUUGAGGUGGUUGGCUGAGUGGUGAGUAAUAGAGGGGUGGUGAGGAGGAGGAGACGAGGUGGAUACUACAGAGGUGUCGAGGAGGUAGUAGUGGUUCGUGUCAAAGAAGCGGUGGGUAAUCGGGUGAGGUGGGUGGUGAGGAAUAGAGUGGUGGUGAGGAGGAGGAGACGAGUUGGAGACGGAAGAGGUGUCGAGGAGGUAGUGAUUUGUGUCAAAGAAGCGGCGGGUGGUGGGGAAUAGUGUGAGGUGCUUAUCUGUGGUGGGGAAUAGAGGGUGGUGGUGAGGAGGAGACGAGGUGAGGAUUGAAGAGGUGGUUGUGUGGAAGAGGCAGCGGGAAAUAGGGUGACGUGGUGGUGGUGGUGGGGGAUAGUAAAGUGGUGAGGAGGGGGGGUAGCGAUUGGUGUUCAAAUACGUGGUGUGGCGGGGUAGUGAGGGGUGAUCCGGGUGAGCUUCGGAAGAGAAGUGGUGGUGAAGAGGAGGAGAGGUAGACAAGAGGACGAAGGGUGACUGGUGGUAAAGAACGUUGUUGAUGAGGUGGUGAGAAGAAGUCAACACGGCAACAGCGUUGGGCCGAGAGCUCCCGGCGGCGGUUUGGGUUUCUUUGGCCUCCUCCUUCCUCAUCUUCAUCGUCGUCGUCUUUCUCAUCUUCAUCGUGGUCGUCUUCCUCAAUCGUCGACACCGUCAGUGGAUGGUCGGCAUCGCGGCUCGGGGUUUCCCCAGCGGAUGAUCUACAUCGUUUGCGUCCCCACCCCCCGAGAUAUCUGCUUCGCCAUCAUCAUCAUCUUUACCAUCGUCGUAGCCACACGAUUCGCCCUGGCGGCUUCGGCUAAGACCACGGCGGCAGCAGCGACCACGACGACGACGACAUCCUCAUCAUCAUCCACGGCCAUGAACUGCGUGCCGUGGACGAGCGCAGCGAAGAAGAUGAAGGUUGAAGCCGACGCACAGCAGCAGCAUCAGCAGCAGCAUCAGCAGCAGGCCCCCAGCGGCCUCUACCACGAGCGUCAGCGGCGGGAGCUGUGCGCCCUGCACGCUCUCAACAACGUCUUCCAGGACGGGGGCGCCUUCAACAAGGAGCAGCUCGACGAGAUCUGCCAGAGGCUGUCUCCAGACUCAAUGCUGAACCCACACAAGAGCAUGCUGGGAACGGGAAACUACGACGUAAACGUCAUCAUGGCCGCCCUGCAGACCAAGGCGUGCGAAGCCGUGUGGUGGGAUAAGCGCAGGGACGUGGACAGCAUCGCGUUUGGGAACGUCGUGGGCCUCAUUCUCAACAUCCCAUCGAGCAUGCGCUGGGGGCCCCUGCAGCUGCCGCUCAAGCGCAAGCACUGGAUUGGCGUGCGCCAGGUCGCUGGCGUCUACUACAACCUCGACUCCAAGCUCAAGGCGCCGCAGCGCAUCGGCUGCGAGGACGAGCUGCGGCGCUUCCUGAAGGAGCAGUUCAGCGGGAAGCACUGUGAGCUGCUACUCGUCGUCAGCAUCGAGGUGGAGGCCGAGCAAAGCUGGCGCCGGGACGAGUGACCGGGCAACACCAUUACUCGUCCUCAUCCCCCCCCCCCCCCCCCCCCCCCACUAACGCUCCCAUGGGAACGUCGAUUGGGACCGCAGCAAUAGCAGCAGCAGCGGCGGCCGACGACGGCGACAAAAACAAACUAGCAACCAAACGGAUAACAAACUGUCAACGCAAAAUAUGCAUUCGCGAACAUCUACGACGGAGUUGGACCUGCGAGCGGAAAGGCCGGUGUGGGUGAGAUUGCGGUGGAGCUGACAUGGUGGAGCUGACGUGGAGCCGACGUGGAUCACGUUGACCGACUUGCUGUGCCCACACAGAGGCGCGCGGUGACGGGAGGGACGCCGCGCCAGCGUGACGGCGGUCUGGCAGGCCACGUGGCGUCAUAUACCACACCCACGUGCGCUCCAUGCAUACUUUACACGAUGUGAACCACACGCCAUCGACCACAAAUAGCAUGCACACCACGAGCACGCUGCACCACACGCACCAUGUACACCUUGCGCAGAAUACACCACACACAGAAAGCAUACUAUACGUCACGCACCGUGUACACCACAUGCACUAUACACCACACUGCUCACUGCACACCACACCAUUCACACCAGGCACCUACUCGCACUAUACCCCCACGCACACACCAUUUACACCACUUGCACACCUGGUCGCCCAUGCACACUACACACCGCCGCGCACUAUACACCACACACUCACACCCCCACUGAUUGCUAUGUGCACCAAACACCCCAAUCCACAGCAUUCUCACCAGACACCUGCUCACACUAUACCCCCAUGCACAUUACACACUGCCACGUACGCCGCGCAUCGCCAUGCAUAAUGUACGCCGGGGUGCGCAUCCGCCAUGCAUAAUGCACACGCCAACCACGCCACUCAGCGUGUACCUGUCAUACACCACCAACUGUACGCACCACCACUCAAAACCGCACACAGCUACCCAAGGCCCUCCCUAUAAUGGUUAAGCAGGUUGUGUUACCCUGAUCCUCAUUAAUUGAUGAUGAUGGGGGGGGGGGGGGGGAGAGGAGCCGGUGGGGUUUGUUUCCUCGUCCAGAUCUUUUGAGGUCUUUUGUAAAAUAAUAUUAAGAAUAAUAAACCGCAAGCGAGUGGGGAAACGUAAACAAAGCACACAAGCAGCCGCACUCGGAAGAGGAAGGGCAAGGCGUGGUGUUUUUAAUCAGAGCAGCGACCCCGUGACAUGGAUACGCACGGACGUCGGCUUCAGGGGACAGAGAAUGUAACUCCGAUUAAAUACAGAAAACGGGGUCUUUGUCGUAAUUUCACACACGGCAAAAAAGAGAGGGGGGUGUGUGGGGGGGGGUGCAACCCGCUAUAUCCAUCGGCAUCAUCGCCAUCAUCAAACUGUAAUAACUACAUCGGUUUUGAUAUAUAUAUAAAUACUGUAUAUGAAAAUAAGCAAAAAAAUUAUCUAAAACGGAAAAAAAAACAACCGCGAACAGAUGAACGCGUCUUUUUGUAGCAGAUUUUGGUUGUGCGUGUGUUUUUUCUUCUGGUGUGCGUGUUUGUGCGCGUGUGUGCCGGGAGCGUCGUGGCAGUUAUAGUGAGCGCUGCGUGCCAGCGUCCUGGUUUUAUUGGACCUGAUGCACACAGAACACCGGUUUGCCAAAUUGGCAUCCGAUCUCCCUCUAGGUUGACUUCAGCCUAAUGUGAUCGCUAACUACUUGACUGCCUCAACACUGUACAAUGUUAAAGGUGGGGCGCGUGAGAGUCGCAGUUCGGGCGUUCACAAAAGCAACACAUGUUUUUUUCGCGGGCAAAAACCAAAGUGAAAUAUUAAGGAACGUAGGCUAUUUAUCCACAGACCAAAAGCUGGAUUUGGUGGAUUGUGUAAAGGAUGAGACACCAAGACCCCUGUGCUCCGGUUUCCUCGUAACAAAAGGUUUUACCGUAAAGCGGGACGUUCCUGGAAGUGUCUUUAGACUCGGUGAGCAUUUUGUGGGUAAAGGUUUCCUGUUACACAAAGGGGGGGGGGGGGGGGGGAUCUCUCAUAACUUGCCAGACUUCCUUUGCAGACGCGUGCAUUUUUCGAUUUGGUGCAAUUUUCAGUGUUGUUAAUUCGUUUCAUUAUUAUUGUAUUGUAGUUUCAUUUUUUUACGUCUUUGUUUCGUUUGUGUGUGUGUUUUUUUUGGACAAAAUAAUAACUUGUAUAUGGCAUGGGAUAUACGUGUACCGAACUGUGCAGUGCUUACAAUCUCAAUCUUGCCUUUGUUCAUGAGUACUUAAAUACUUGGACCCCAAUGUGUGUGUGCUGGUGGAAAGCCAAUGUCCACCAAUAUUCGAUGGACGCAAAUGGGCAAAUCACUGUUCUGCAAAUUUGUCUCUUUCCCACAAAUAAUCGACGGGGAAAGUAAUUUCCACCAAUUCACGGAUUGUGACCUCUCUGUUCCGUAUUCCUCCGUUAAUGUUUUGUCGUUCGUGAAAUCAAAAGUGGAACCCAAAAAAAUAUGUACCUAUAUUUUUUUUUGUAUUCACCGCAGAAUGUACAGAAAACGAACCGAAUGCUUUAGUGAUGGCAAACGCUCACUCCUUUGUCUUGAGAGUAAAAUAAAAUUGAGUGUAAAAUGA